CUAUUCCCUAUCCACACACAAACACUUCUCUCUUCCUCCCUAUAUACUCUCACAUUCGCUCUGUUCUGUUUUCCCCUGUUUUCGCGUCCCCUGUUUUUUUCUUCUCUCUAAAGAGCCAAUCUUUGCAUACACACUGAUCUUUAACCUUGAAAGGUUAGUGUAUAUGUGAUCAAGAGCUAAUCAAAGCAAAUAUCUGAAGUGGGGUUUUUGUAAAAGAAACCAUGGUUGAAGAACAUGGUGGAUUCCAUUUGUGGGCUGGUGGUGAUAAUGGUAAUGGUUUUGAAGAUUCAGAAGAUUUUGAGAGAUUGCUUUAUGGAAAUAAUGUUAAUGAAAGUAAUGAGCUUGGGUUUGAAGUAAACCAGAAAAUUAUAGAUACACCCAAAUUGAGCCAUGAUCAGCAGGAUGAGAUGGCUAGAAAGCUUAUGCAGUUGAAUCCACUUGGUUUACAUCUCAGUAUAACACCAAACUUGAUGAACUCAAUAACGAAUCCUAACUAUACUACAACAGUUGAAGCCGGGGCAACCUGUGAAUCAAGUGACCAAAGCAGGACUAGCAGUGAUUUUGGUCAGCAACCAAUGUCCGAGAAGUUGAAGGCUUCCAACUUUGCUGCCACAUUUAUCAAAAUCGGAUCUUGGGAGAGAAAAUCUAGAAAUGAAGGUGAUCUAGUGGCUAAAUGUUAUUUUGCUAAAAAGAAGCUGGUGUGGGAACUCUUGAAAGGGGGGCUGAAAAACAAGAUUGAGAUUCAAUGGAAUGAUAUAAUUGGAAUAAAUGCUUUAAUGCAGGAGAAUCAGCUUGGAAUUCUACAAAUUGAGUUAAACCAGCCCCCUACCUUCCAUGAGGAAACCGAUCCGCAACCACGGAAACAUACCAUUUGGAAGCCAGCAUCAGACUUCACUGGAGGGCAAGCUUCCAUUUGCAGGAGGCAUUUUCUUACAUUUCCUGCUGGAUACCUUGACAAACACUAUGAGAAGCUUCUACUUAAUGAACCGCGGCUGUUUGAAUUGAGCAAGCAGUCUUUUCCAACGCUGAAAAAUCCCUACUUUCGUUCUAAGUUUUACGGCUAUAGAGGAAUCUCUUUCGAUUUUAAUCGAAGUGGACAGGAUAUCCACCCGGGAAUGCAGUUUAAUUAUCCAAAUUUUCCUCCACAUCCAGUCCAGAUUCAGCAUUUGCAACCUUAUGGGCAUACAGGCUUGUCAUCUUUUAAGGAAAUUCCUUCACCAUCAUCAGUCAUGGAUUUUUCGCCUUCAGAUACCUGCAAUGUCCCCGAGAGUCGAAGGAUAGCUCUUUGGGGUCAAGGGACGAGCAAUUACACAGAUGCUUUAGCAAGGAAUCAAGGUCUAGUUCCUGGUGUCCCAUCAACUGAGGUGCAUCCAGCUGUUCCUUUGCAGAACUACAACUUUACAAGUUCAGGUCAGGUAGCUGAGUUUAAUAAUAACUAUGCAGCUAAAGCUCUGAGUGACCUCGAAAACCAAUUGCUUGGUGACAUGCAAGUUGGAAGCUACGAUGAGAAGUAUCAUAUGGAAAGGGUCCUGUCGCUGAACCAAUUAGUCAAUCUUAACGAGAAAGUUAACCCAGAAAGUAAUAAUGCUUCCCAGGAAACUUUCUACAGCCAAGAUAGUAGUGCCGAGGAGAACUUGGUAUUUAGUACCGGAGAGAAUGCAAAUGAAAUUAGUGGGCAAUUUUAUGAGCAGCAGCCAAUUACUAGCAUGCCUCAGAUUCAUACUGCCAAUCUGCUGAUGCCUCAACAAUGGAACAACUUGCCCUAUGAUUGUGUCAAUAGCCCUAACCUAACAGUCGAUGAGCUUGGACAUGUUAAAAACUUCAACAGCAGCAAUUGGAGCUGAGAUGAGAAUGAUAGAUGUAGGAACCAUAGGAUAGGUGUAAACAUGGGAUUGCAUCAGAUUAGGCCAUACUUUAUUUUCUUUUCUUCCCUUUUCUUUUGCUGUUGAAAAAUGUAAGCUGCGUCAAACUGCAAAUUUUGGAAAGUUGCUGUUUCUAGAAAACUGUUUAAUUUUGAAAACUUCAGAAAAAUUUUCAAUCCCUUUGAUUUGCAA